UGCGCCUCGCCGCUUCCUCGCGGCAGGGGGCCCGCCCGCGGGCUGGUUUCCGGUUCGGUGGGUCGGAGAUGACGGAGCAGGGCGCUUCUCCGGACGACCCCUGGGUCAAGGCAAGCCCCGCGGGCGCGCACGCCGGCGAGGGGAGGGCGGGUCGGGCUCGUGCACGUGGGGGGGCCGGAAGACUAGGGGAUUCCUUGCAGUCCCCAAAGGUCCCCCCGCCCUCCGGGCCCCGGGGCUGCAGAGAAGACAGCUCUCGCCCCGCGCGUGCCAAGGUGGAAUAUGCCUACAGCGACAACAGCCUGGACCCCGGGCUUUUUGUAGAAAGUACCCGAAAGGGGAGUGUAGUGUCCAGAGCUAAUAGCAUCGGUUCCACCAGUGCCUCUUCCGUCCCCAAUACAGAUGACGAGGACAGCGAUUACCACCAGGAGUCCUAUAAGGAGUCCUACAAGGACCGGCGGCGGCGAGCACAUACCCAGGCUGAGCAGAAGAGGAGGGACGCCAUCAAGAGAGGCUAUGACGACCUUCAGACCAUCGUCCCCACCUGCCAGCAGCAGGACUUUUCCAUUGGCUCCCAAAAGCUCAGCAAAGCCAUCGUUCUGCAGAAGACCAUUGACUACAUCCAGUUUUUGCACAAGGAGAAGAAAAAGCAGGAGGAGGAGGUGUCCAUGCUACGCAAGGACGUCACGGCCCUAAAGAUCAUGAAAGUGAACUACGAGCAGAUUGUGAAGGCUCACCAGGACAAUCCCCAUGAGGGGGAAGACCAGGUCUCUGACCAGGUCAAGUUCAAUGUGUUUCAAGGCAUCAUGGACUCCCUGUUCCAGUCCUUCAAUGCCUCCAUCUCCGUGGCCAGCUUCCAGGAGCUGUCAGCCUGUGUCUUCAGCUGGAUUGAGGAGCACUGUAAGCCUCAGACCCUCCGGGAGAUCGUGAUUGGCGUCCUGCACCAGUUGAAGAACCAGCUGUACUGACUGGCUCCCGGAACCUGCAGAAGAGCCAACGACAGGCCUGAUUCUCCUGCUUGGCCACAGAGCCACUGGGUUUCUGAGAUCGGACUGUGAUGCUGCAUACGGGGCCACUGGCUCCCGGAGCUUGGUUCCCCGGCACCCCCUCAUCCUCAGUGGGGCUGGGGUGUUUGUUUUGUGAAAGCUGUAAUUUAUUAUAUUGACCACAAAACUCGAGCCUCCUGUCUUUCCCCCUCCCCAUAAAAGUCCUCGGGCAGGGGUCUGCUCUGGGCACCCCCAAGAGUUCCCGGCCUCUCCCUAAGCCUCAGAUUUUUGCUCCUUAUCUACACGUAUCUGGAAGCUACUAUUGCAUUUGGUUUGGUCUCUUGGGCCAGAUUUGGGCAACAUCUGGCCCAAGUUUGGCCAUUUUGGCAGUAGUGGGACAGGAAGAAAGGAACGCGAGGAAAUAUUCCCACAGCCAUGAAGUGUGAUAGGCCACCUGGUACCUGGGCUAGGGCUGCCAAGAUCCUGCCCUCGCCUGCUACUCCACUGCCUCUCCUUUCCCGGUCCCUGCGUGCUCCUGCCCUCUGUCCCACAGGCAGGAGCACAGCACAGAGGAGUGUGACACAGCACUACGUAUUAAGAGGCUUUUUUCUCCUUUAAUUUUUUAAACACCAACAGUGCAAUUUUGCUAAAGUUACAAUUUUGGAAAAUGAACGGGGCCUCAAAACCACUCCCAGCCUUCCCGUCAAGUGUAUCUGGGUCUCUGCCAUCUCCGUGCUACCUGCAUUUCUCCCAGGACUUGGGGCCAGGGUGAAGGGGUAGAGAAGAUACUUAAAGGGGUACAGAGCCCGGAGAAGUCCUGGGUAAGGCCUUGGGCUCCUUGAAUGCUGUGUACAGUAGCCUCUUUCUACCCUGUAGCCUUCCUCAGGGUUGACAUCUGGGACGUUUGGUUAUCCAGAGAAAAUUAAGUAUUUUUAUAUCAAAUUAUAUUACAAUAAAUAUCGCCAAAUGCU